CAGCUUAAUCAAAUACAAACCAAAUUGUUGAAGUUAUUUUUCUGCAAUGGAUUCGUAUUAAUAAGCUUGUUGCAUAUAGGUUACGAUUAAGCUAAACGUUCAAGAUGACAGAUUUCAACAUUAAGCGAUUCUUGGAGCGUGAAUUCCAGCGGUUGCACGCAAGAAUUGAUAAAGUCGAACAACAAAACCGCGAUCUGAUUGCCCAUCAACGGACUGCACGAGAGUUGCUGACGAACACAGGUGAAGAACUACGCGGAAUAAAAGAUGCUAUUGAGAAAACCAUCGAGACGCCAAGAACCAGGAUGUUUCCCAUCACUUCUGCCGAUAAGAUUAAGGAAGCGGCAAUCAAGUUUCAAGAUCCACGUCAUGAAUCUGGCAUGAAACGAGAAAUUGCCUACGCGUUAAGCAACGUAUCCAAAGAUGACUGGCUUCGAGCCAUUAUUACCGACAACGCUGCAAACGAAUUCCACAGAGCUGAGGAGUUAAGAAACGUUAGUUUCAUACGUCAUAUCAUCCUGAAUAUUACCUUCACUCCGGAGAAAAUCUUCACAGCCAUGGUGUCUGCAGCCAAAGGUCGGGUCUAUUCGAAACAGCGCAGAGACGCCAAGAAACGCCUGCCAGAUGCCGGAGUAUCGAAGGAAAACUCCUCGAAGACAUCCGACCCUCAGCCAGGAAGCAGUAACCCAAAAAGAAUUCGUACUGCACUCGAGACUCUCUCUGAAAAUGAGAAAUCGAAGAUCGUGGAAUCAGCACUACAGGUUCUCGGCAGACGUGCUUCAGAAACCGAAUCAGAAAAAUCGAUAUGUGUUCAAACAGCAGCUAAAAAUGUCAGUUCCGAUUCUGAUUCGGAAUUUGAUUCACCAACAUCGCCAGCAUACUCUCCAUUGAAGAUGGGCCAAUGACCAGUUUUUUUUCAGUUUAGUUUAGUUCAUAAGUUGGAGUUCAAUGUGUUUUUUUUAACAAAUAAUGUACGUUGUCACGCGUAUUUGUUUUCUUUUUAUAAAAAAUGAUAAGUUAACUGUUAACUAUUUUAAAAACGGUAAAACAUUCGAUUUUAUGCCUGUCAAGUUAAUUGAUAUCGAUCUAUUUAAUAAAAAAAUAA